CUCAAGAGCGGGGAAGUGAGGAGAGAGAGCGAGUGAGCGGGAGAUAGCAGCCACAGUGACAGAUGAGAGCGUGGCACAACUUGUCUCUCUUGACUGCACCGUGGGUUGGGGGAAACCAGAGAGCAAGUGCACAAGAGUUUGAGGCAAAGCUGCCGCCCGCACGCACACAAACACACUCGCACACUCUCCCACAAAGCAUACACCUCAGCCUGGCUGCAGCACAAGUUCAGAGCUAAGACUGACCUUUUGGGAAGGUGCAGAAGUUUCUUCUGAGGAUCUCCAGUGUUAUGGCUCCACCAGAAUUGAGUCACCUUGUCCUGUAGAGGAGCUGUGUUUCCCCUCUAGAAGUACUUCAAGCCUCAAAGGAGGAUGGAGAAGCUGUCAGGGAAGGACAAGGAGCUAAUACGGAGCAGCUGGGAGAGCUUGGGCAAGAACAAAGUUCCACAUGGCAUCAUCAUGUUUUCCAGGUUGUUUGAGCUGGAUCCAGCACUCCUCACUCUUUUCCACUACAACACAAAUUGUGGCACUACACAAGACUGCCUCUCCAGCCCAGAGUUCCUGGAGCAUGUCACCAAGGUCAUGCUUGUGAUUGAUGCCGCCGUCAGUCACCUGGACGAUCUUGACUCCCUGGAGGACUUUCUUCUCAACCUGGGGAGGAAGCAUCAAGCCGUGGGGGUCAACCCACAGUCGUUCGCUGUGGUGGGGGAGUCUCUCCUCUACAUGCUACAGAGCAAUUUGGGCCAAGCCUACACAGCGCCCCUGGGUCAAGCAUGGCUCAACAUGUACGGCAUCGUGGUGGCCGCCAUGAGCCAGGGGUGGGCCAAGAACGGCGAGGACAAGGCUGACUGAAGAGUCGUCGCUGGGGCCGCUUAGCUGUUGCUGUCGUCUCACUCAUCGUGGUUGCCAUGGAACAAGGUUAUGUAACUUGCAGCAUCGUGGCUUUUUCCGUUGCUGUACAUUUGCUGUACUUUAGUGGGGUUACAUAGCAAAGGCGAUUGUACGGUGUGGUCACACUUCACCAUUGGUUGACAGUGUUUUUCCUUUGCUGUGGAUGUUUAGCUAGCAGGGUCAACUCUACCCUCUUUUGGACCUGAGCAAAACAUAAAGCGUCAAAGUUAACUUGUACAUACAGUAAUGCCUUUUGUUAUAUCUUCUGACCGUAGUGACAUUUUUGAUGUAUAUUAAAAGCGUCGCACAAACACUGAAUAUUGAAUUGAGGCCGCACACGCGUCUCAAAGUGAGACGGGUUAGUGUGGGCCAAACGGGCAGCUCUGAGUCAAACUGUGACCAAAACAAGUUUUAGGGACAAAGCAAUGUGUUUCUCUGUGAGGAAGAUUUAACCACUUUACUCAUUACAGUGUUUCGUGUAUGUUAACAAGCUCUAAAUGUGUUUUCUGAAAGGCUGACAACAUGUUUCCAAUAGUCCCACACUAACAAUAGCUACUGACAAGAACUGUUAUACACUGAUAACUUUCUACAGUAAUCUCUGACUGUUAUGGCGCCCUUGUGCACCUUCUUUUACGCUGUAUGUGACUCUCCGCUCAGUGGAGGCUGUGAUCUCAAUAGUCUUCAUUUGACUGUUAUAAAAAUAAGACUGUUAUGUGCAGGUAAAUGCCAUAGUGGAGAACUUACAUGUACUUUUACACUCAUGUUUGGUGUUACACUGUUACACUGUAACUGUCAUUUAUCUCAGUAUUGCUGUCGUUGCGACAAAUGUAAGAUUAGAGAGUUGAACACUGCCCCUGUACAUGAACCACCGGAGGUAAGCAUUUGUUUGGGUUUUUAACACUGGACCUCCUACUUUAUUUCUAGUGUCUGCAGACACUGUCUUACAUGUAUGGAUUACUAUACUUAAGUUUAUUUUCAAUGCCACGUAUUUACCAUACUGUAAAUCCGAGUUGCUGAUAUGUGGUUAUUAAUGCUUUAUCCUAAGUUUACAUUUUAAAAAAUUAUUUUUAUAUUCUGAAAUAUAAAUAUAUAUGGUAACAUUAGGAGAGUUGUUUUACAGUACAUCCACUUGAUUUACAAGAAGUUGUAAAUGUGCAAUCUGAAGCGAAGAAUAGAAAAUCCACAAUUUUUGGUACACUUGACCAAUCUAAUGAUAUCCAAUACAACAGCUGUAUUAAACAUGUCUUUACAAAGACAGUAAUACUCAGUUUUAAUUGAUACAAUAUUGUUAUUAUUGUGGUUGCAAUUUGCAGUGGCAUAGAAGUGCACUGCACCAUACAUGGAGGUGUCCCUUAUGCUGUAUGUUGCCACUGUAAUGUAGCUAAAUAAGGCAAGCAAAAUAUUAGAGACACCUCUCAGCAUGAUGCAGUACAGUUCGACACCAAUGAAGACUAAAGCCAUAAUGAUAAAGUAUUAUUUUUAUGAAGGCAGAAAUCCAGGAGUGUAUUUAAUCCCUGCAUCAUCUGUGUUUUUCCAGGUGUACCGUUUGUUCAACUGGCUGUGUAGGUGGUGUAUUUAUAGUAUUUCGUUCCAAAGCAUUGGUACAUUGCCCUAUGCAGGUUGUCUCUUUUUUUCAAUCAUCUUUUUACAAGGGGCCACAGACCCAUGGUGUAUAAUCCUGGUAACAUCCAGUUGUGUGCAUAUUGGGUGUGUCACUGUCUACCUCAUCUUUAUUAUCAGCUGCUACCGACCAGUGAUGACUUCACCUAGUUAUCCGUUGACCAAAAAUGCACAUUAUUAGAGUUAAUAAUGCAAGCAAGCACUCUUUGUAAACUGGAUUCCAUGCUACAGUUUAAUAACCUGUAUGUGUGUGUGUGUAUGUACAUACAGUAAAUAAAGUGAUUUCCUGUUGACAUUUUACAGCUAAUCCGGGUCAGUGUGUUGUCACAUUGUUUGUUGCAGAUGGUUACAACAUAAUUGUGGCCAUUGGAAAUCAGUCACACAAUGCCCGAUAUCUUUUCCAGUCCAUCCCCUGGUGUUAUGUAAGAUCCAUGCGCCGAAUGUCUCAUCUCCCUGAGCUGCAGAGAUGAGGGCGAAUUCAGGCACAUAAGCCCACUUACUCAUGCAACUGCACAAUAUCACAUCACAGGAGGUUACAGAAUGAGAUUUGCCAAGAAUUUACAAAUUCAUGCAAUGUAUUCCUGUGGGCUUAAUUAUCAGUUUGUGCAUGCAUAAGUCAUCCUCCAUGAGCAGGCUGUCUGUUCUG